AUGUCGGAAAUUAGUUGCACCUAUUUAGUUGUGGGCGGAGGGAUUGCGGGAGUUUCUUGCGCAGAAACUUUGGUAGUUCUAGUAGAUCCAAAAGAUAGCAUCAUUUUAAUAACGGAAUCUUCGUUGGUCAAGGCGGCCACCAACUUGGUUCCCCUCGGAAAAGUCUUAACCAAGUUUGAUGUUCAGGAGAAAUCGGCUGAAAGUUUGAACCGGAACAUCCAGGUAAUCGAAGAUCAACUGCUGAACAUAGAAAGCGAAAGUCAUGCUGUUACGACGGUGAAUGGGAAUCGAAUAUCCUACCGUUAUUUGUGCCUUUGUACCGGAGCUCGUCCCAAGCUGAUAGAUCAAGCCAAAGGAAACCCCAAUGUGAUUGGAAUCCGAGAUACGGAAUCGGUGCAGGAGUUCCAAAAGCGCGUCAAGAAUGCUACUCGUCUGGCAGUUGUCGGGAACGGAGGAAUAGCAUCAGAGCUGGUGUACGAAAUCAGUGGCAUCGAGGUGCAUUGGGUUAUCAAGGAUGAAUACAUAAGCUCGACGUUUGUCGAUUCUGGGGCAGCUCGAUUCUUCCAGGAACGUUUGACCACUCGUGGUGAGCAGAAGUCGAUCGUAAAAAGGAUGAGGUAUUCAGAAGAAACGGCUGGAACCAGUACCAGUAGUGGAGCAAAACGAGGUGCAGCAUUGGGUCCCGAUUGGCACCGAACGGUGGACAUUUCGGGGAAGCUAGAAAACGUUCCGGACGCGGUAAAAAUUCACCAUAAAGUGGAGAUCGAAGAAAUUGUCGAACAGACAGAUGGAUUUCCUCUGAAGCUACGACUUUCCAACGGAGAGCAGAUUGAAUGCGACUUCGUGGUAUCAGCCACUGGAGUCGUUCCUUCUAGAAAUUUCAUGUGUGAUCAGGAAUUUCAGCUGGGCCCGGAUGGAGGACUUUUCGUAAACUGGGAAAUGGCCACCUCCGUGCAGGAUAUCUACGCGGCGGGAGAUGUUUGCUAUGCCGGGUGGGAACAUGCUCCGCACUGGUUCCAGAUGCGCUUGUGGACUCAGGCCCGCCAGAUGGGAGCCAUGGCUGCCCGGUCGAUGGCAGCCAAACGCGCCGGGGAGACCAUCUAUCAGGACUUUUGCUUCGAAAUGUUCAACCAUGUUACACAGCUCUUCGGAUACCAGGUGGUUUUGCUGGGACGGUACAACGGCCAAGGGUUAAAUGAUAAGUAUGAAGUACUGCUGAGGAUGACGCCAGGACUGGAAUACAUCAAGUUCGUCAUGGUUGAUGGCCGGCUCCAGGGAGCGAUAUUGAUCGGCGAGACGGGGCUGGAAGAGACGAGUGAAAAUCUGAUUUUGAACCAACUGGAUUUAUCACCGUAUGGAGAAGACCUGCUGGAUCCGAAUAUUGAUAUUGAGGAUUACUUCGACUAACAUAAUAGGUGGGUGUGAUUAAUUUGUGUUGAUUUCCAUGAUUAUAUAAAUUUCUUUGAAGAUCA